UCAACGGUCCGCACAGUAGGCAAUACCUAUCGACAAAAAACACACUAAACUUCUCUCAUCUCUCGCCUUCUACAUUCCCAAUAUAUUUGAUAGGUCUCAUUUCUUGGUAAUUUCAAUACUCUCUGUCUGCUUCUCCACUUUAUCUACUUUCUCUGAGCUUUCAACAUGGGAACUAAAUUCAGUGCUCUCUGGAUGGCAUUUCUCCUUUUAUUCCCUGUGGUUCUUUCUACACACAAUGGUGGGUUGAUCAGAAUUGGUUUAAAAAAGAAAAAGUUAGAUCAAGUCAACCAUCCUGUGGGAACCCUUGACUCUACAAAAGGGGAAGCAAUGAGAGUUGCUACCAAAAAGUAUAAUAUUUAUGAUAAUAUUGGGAACUCUGGCGAUACUGAUGUUGUUGCACUGAAAAACUACUUGGAUGCUCAAUAUUAUGGUGAAAUUGCUAUUGGGACACCUUCCCAGACUUUCACCGUGAUAUUUGACACUGGAAGUUCUAAUCUUUGGGUACCCUCAUCAAAAUGUUAUUUCUCGCUUGCUUGCUAUUUCCAUUCCAAGUACAAGUCUAGUGAAUCAAGCACCUAUGAGAAGAAUGGUACCUCCGCUGCAAUCCAGUAUGGAACUGGUUCAAUUGCUGGUUUCUUUAGCCAGGACAAUGUCAAAGUGGGUGAUUUUGUUGUUAGGAAUCAGGAUUUUAUUGAGGCAACAAAAGAGCCAGGCGUCACAUUUUUGGCCGCCAAGUUUGAUGGUAUUCUUGGACUUGGGUUUCAAGAGAUCUCAGUUGGGAAAGCUGUUCCAGUUUGGUAUAAUAUGGUCAAUCAAGGUCUUGUUACGGAACAAGUUUUUUCAUUUUGGUUAAACCGCAAUGUUAAAGGAGAAGAAGGAGGAGAAAUUGUGUUUGGUGGGAUUGAUUCCAAUCAUUACAAGGGUGAGCACACAUAUGUUCCAGUGACUCAAAAAGGUUAUUGGCAGUUCGAUAUGGGUGACAUAUUAGUUGGCAAUGAAUCAACAGGACUUUGUGGUAAUGGCUGUAAGGCAAUUGCUGAUUCUGGAACCUCUUUACUGGCGGGCCCAACGACUGUGAUUACUCAAAUUAAUCGUGCCAUUGGAGCCUCUGGUAUUGUAAGCCAAGAAUGCAAGACAGUAGUUGCACAAUAUGGGAAAGUCAUACUGGAAAUGCUGAUGGCUCAGCAGGCAAAACCGCAAAAGAUCUGCUCUCAAAUUGGCUUUUGUACUUUUGAUGGGGCUCGGGGUGUCAGUACAAAUAUUGAGAGCGUGGUGGAUGAAACUACAGACGAAGUAUCUAAUGGUGUACAAGAUGCUAUGUGUGCUGCUUGUGAGAUGAUGAUUGUAUGGAUGCAAAAUCGUAUAAAGCUAAAUCAGACAGAAGAUCAGAUAUUGAACUACGUGAAUGAACUAUGUGAUCGAUUGCCCAGUCCAAAUGGAGAAUCAGCAGUUGAUUGUGGCAGUCUAUCUUCCAUGCCUCACGUCUCAUUCACAAUUGGUGGUAAAGUAUUUGGCCUUACACCAGAGCAGUACGUUCUUAAAGUAGGAGAGGGAGUUUCAGCUCAAUGCAUUAGUGGAUUUACUGCUUUGGACGUGCCCCCUCCUCAUGGACCUCUAUGGAUUUUGGGAGAUGUAUUCAUGGGCCCUUAUCACACAGUGUUUGACUAUGGGAACCUGAGAGUUGGAUUUGCUGAAGCAGCCUAAAUGAAAAGCCACCAUAUCUCUCAUCCACUGCUUUGUCCUUGUGUAAUAUUUAUGUAAAAAUUAUGGAUUUAGCAUAUCUUGACCAUGUGGUGGAGCUUGUAUUACUUAAUUUCUGAUUGUUAAUUAUAGAAAAGCAAUCAGAAAGGCCAAAACGAACAGCGUGAUCUUAUAUUUGAAAUAAUUUUGGAUCACCCCAACUAUGUUGGCGUCUGGUUGCUUCUCAAACUUAAAGCAUCUGUGGGUUCAAAAUCCUUAUCCAUUGGCAGCCUCUAUCUAUAAGACAAACGCUACUUGAUACUGCA